CAUUGUGCAUUAGGGCUUUAAGGCUUUAGAUAUAAAGUAUCAAAGUGUAAACAACGCGACAAACUUAUUGAAACAGGCUGAGUUCAACAAAUAAAUCCUGCGUUUAAGUCAGACAUAAAUGUAUAUAUAUCGCGGAUAAUAAAAAAUGCAUAAAAUUAAAUAGAUUAUAAUUGCGGUAAAAAUUAUGAUAACGAUAUGAUUUAAAAACAACGUAGCUGUGUAUCUUUAAUCUAUCUUGAAUUCUGAAUAUACAAUAGAGAUAAAGAAAACUAACAGUUGAAUCUCGAAAUUAUAAAUUUUAUAAGACUUGUUAACAAUAUUUUGUGAAUACUGUUAACCUUCUCGAUAGCCUUUUUGUUAUAUUUUAAAGUUAUCUAAAGAAUUGAGUGAUUGUCAUAUUUUCUCUGUUUUUAUAAUUCAAUACUAACAGUAAAAUUUAUUAUAAGAAAAUCAAUCAUGUCAGGAUUGUUUGAGCAGAUCAAACUGUUGUAUGAUCAGUCAUUGUACUCGAAUGUGAUUUACCUAACAAACUUAGUGCUUUCUCUCAGUGAACACAACACUGACUUGCUUCCUGGCUACAGCAAGUUCCAUGUGUAUGUCUAUUAUGCAGAUGCUCAUUUUCACUUGGGCAAAUACCGCAGGGCAGAGACCCUCUAUAAGAAAGCUCUGCAGUUCCGCAAAUGUCUGCUUAAGUCAAAGGGCACAGGAAAGCCCUUGUUGGAUGGACAGAAAGAUCUGCCAUUGGAUGUCAAUAUCAAAUAUCAGAUUUAUUUGUGCUUGGUGAAAUCCAAGAACCCACAGGAAGCACUGCAAAUACUACAAAGCAUUCCUGGCAAGCAGCGUACUGCCAAGGUAAACAUGGCAUUGGCCAAGAUGUUCCAUGAGCAAGGAAUGGAGCGGUCUGCUAUUACCACAUAUAAAGAAGUUUUGAAGGAGUGUCCAUUGGCUCUGGAGGCAGCGGAAGGACUUCUUUCUUUAGGGGUUAAGGGCACAGAAGUUAACUCACUGAUUGUCUCUGGUUCAAUGAACUUGGAAUGGCUGAACUCGUGGAUCAAGGCGCAUGCUCAUAUUAACAACAGAGAAUAUGCUCAUGCUGUGUCAACAUUACGGUCACUGGACAAUGUAGUUUUACUCAGAGAUAAUUUCAACCUACUGACAACCAUGGGUGAAUGUUACUAUUAUGCUGGCGAUGAUAAAAAUGCCCUGUUAUGCCUGAGACGUGCCCGUGUGAUUGAGCCAGAUAUAACGAAAGGAGUGGAUGUCUACGCUGCUGUACUGUACAAUAUGCAGCAUUACAAAGACCUGGAACGACUGAUACCGGCGAUAACUAUGAACAACGAAUGCACUGGCGAAAUUUACGUGGCGAUGGCGUAUUCUCUAUGCGCGACCAGGAAGUUCAGCAGAGCUUACACUCUCACUGCCCAGGCGUUCAGUCUGAAUCCCAACGACAUAGAGGCCACCAUACUGCGCGGCAACAUUCUCAUCGAGCAGAAGAAGUACCAAGACGCGUUAUUCUUUUUCAGGCACGCGGCACAACUGAAACCUUACAGAUUUGAGCCACAUAAAGGCCUGGUCGACUGCCUGGUCGGGAUGCACAGAUCACGGGAGGCUCUGAAUAUCGCCAGUAACUCUUGCAAGCAAUUGGGACAUACCGCCAGAGUCCUAACACUGUACGCGUCCGUGCUAAUGAAGGACCCUGUGUUUGUGAGUAAAGCCAAGAAUCUCCUUGAGAAAGCGCUGUCACAAGAUGAGGUUUACUUAACCGCGGUGUUCCAUCUCGCGGAGAUAUAUGAGCAAGAAAUGAACUUAGAAGCUGCCAUCGAACUGCUCGAGAGACAAGUGGAGAUACAAUCUACCUGUAGGCUCCAUCAAACCUUGGGAGACUUGUGGGCGAGAGCGCACAAUGAGGAGAAGGCUUUAGACCAUUAUGCUAUAGCUUUGAACUUGGAUCCAAGUAAUAGGAGGGCUCUGGAAGGAAUGCACAGACUUGACAAUUCCUCCAGCAAAUUGGACUCUGCUUAUUACAUGUCUGUAGGUGAAGAACAAGCUGAUACAAGCUACGAUGUCGGUGACGGUCUGCCUGACACGGACAACGACGAAGCGCCUGAGGAGAGCGAGACUGAGGCCAUUUGGUCAGAUAUGGAUUUGGAAGCGAACAGCCAGUAGCUGCACGCUAUCCUGCAGAAGCUAAUAGUCAAUGAUGGUCAACAGACCUUCUGGCUUUUAGACUAGUAUUAACCGGCCAAUUUCUUGAAAAAGAUCUUAAAAAAAUAAAAUAUGUGCGAGACAGAUUGCGACAUUUGUAAUUAAAUCGUUUAUUUUAUAUGCGAAUUGAAGUAUGAUUUUUAUUUUUAUUUAUCGAAAAUAAUAUUACAUAUAUGUUCUGCAGUUGAUACUUUGAUUGUUAGCUCGAAUUUAAGUAAGUUUCUGUGAAACUGAAUCUUGUAAAAAAAAUAAAUACAAAAAUAUCAAUAACUCAA